CACGCUCACCCUAACUCAGCCCCCAAAAAAUCGCCUGCGUCUGUCCCUGGUGAGAAUCCUGGAUCCGCCACUGCGACGUGUGCUCUUUUGUUUAGUGUGAACCAAGCUGUAGAGAGUGAAACGCACGUAACCAUAGGACUCGUGUACAUGUACAGUCGCGUCACAUUUGUUGCAACGCACUUUGUGAUCAUAAGCAAACCUCUGAGGCUCAAGACGUAGCAGAAAUGGAUGGAUGGAAGUUAUCUGACAAUCGGAUGACAUGUACAUAUUGUCAAAGUGAUACCUGUUACCCUUACUGUUCUUGGGCUCAACCACUUCAGUUCCUGUUUCUAGUCUGCAUCUGUGUAUGUGCACUACUACUGUUCAUUUUCAGAAUGAUCCCGCAACUGUGGCAACUUGCAUUGCACAGUAAGAUACGCAAAUCAAUUCACGAUUGUCAAUUGUUGAGCAAAUGCAAAAAGCAAUGGCGCUUUUGCAACAUCCUCAGACAACUUGGAAAGGAAUUUUUAGAAACGGACAUUAGACUUGCCAAUCAGUACCUCAAAUCCUGCAUCCAUCUUUCUUCUGAUGUCACAACAGGAGGAGAUGUGUUGUUUGCAAUACAUGAAGCCUGCCAAAAUGAUGUAAUAAACACUGAAAAAAUUGUAUGUGAACUCCUCAAACAACUAGGCAACGAGUGGCUUCAGAGCAAAUUUGAACAACUCACACAAGAAAAGCAUAGAACUGAAAGAUGGCCACAGACGGGCAAAAGUUUGACUCAUUUUAUUGGAAGAAAACACAACCACCUGCCACCACAAUUACAGGCAAUGGGAAAAUACUUGGAAGGUAACCAUCAGGGAAUGGUAGUUGACAUGCAAGAAUUCCUUCGAACUCAUGUUGGAGAAGAUUACCGCAGUAAUGGUAUGCCACAGCAAUCAGUCACUUUUCCUAACUGCACCUUCAGUGGCUUAGAUCUAACUUGUAUGCAAAAUCCAGAUGUCUGCUCUAAUAUUGAAAGGAAUUUCUUUCUCCGCAUGCUUUCGAUAUCAUCUUUUCAAAAAACUCGUGAUCAUGCACAAACGCUGUGGCUAAUACGUCUCAUGUCUCCUGAAGAAGGAGCACAUUGCAAAGCACAGAUUUAUGGGUCUGAUAAUACUGUAGAACAGCAAAGGCUGUGUCAAAAUCUGCUGGAUGCUCUGCAAUUGAAUAAAUCGAAUCUUUCAACAUUUGAAUCUAAUUUCAAAAAAGCACUUCUACACGACGCCUUGGGAAUACUGCUAUCAAAGAAUCCACAAGGACUGAACAUCUCUGGACUUCAACAAAAGAUGAAGCAUCAUGACAGAGCAAGGGAAAUUCGUCAAAGUCUUGACAUGCAAGAACAAUCAGGUUGCAUGUCCAAAUUCAUCUUGCUCCUGGAUUCUUACUCAUCACUUCAAAGUGCUGGCUAUGCUAGAGCAACCAUCAGUAACAAAGAUAAUUUGAUGCCUCUCAAUGCUAGAAUAGCUCUUGCUACCAUUGCAGAGAGUAUGCAUAGCCAGUCUAUGACUGAACAGCAAUUGCUAGUCAAUAUGCUCGGCAUACAUCCUGAUGAUACAUUUCACGUUCCUGGAAUGUUGGCUGCUCGAUUUGACAACAUGGUAAGAGGACUGCGCGUUCAACAACUGUCACAACGGUCACAUUUAUCGCUGUCUUCAACUGAUGCUCAACAGGAAAACAUGUUGCAUCACAUUCACACACAAAUUACCUUCAUUGAAGAAAGUUUUGGGAAAGUUCCUGAUCAUUGCAUGGAUGAAAAUUUAAUCGCACUCCGUUUUGAAAUGUUAUUCAGAAAAAGAUUUUUGAUGAACCAAGUAAUGUCAGGAAGAAUUCAAGCUUUUGAUUUAGAUAACGUUUACGUACCGGAAUGAAAGAAAUUCUACAUCUAACAGACUAAUAGUAUUAAUAUCUAGAUACUUGGCAUAACAAUCAUGUUUGAUUUAUAACGGUAAUUGCUGUAGGGACUUGGGACUACCCCUAGUACUCAUUAGCAUACUAAUAGAAUAUGACACUAUAUAGUACUGUGGCAUGUGGUUAACCAGUCUUGUGUAUAGUCUGGUGUAGUAGUGCGUAGACACUGUAAGCGAGCUGCAAUAGAAGCAAUAUAUAGUCGGUAACGACACAGCAGUGGC